AUGGCCACAGCUCAUUUCAACUCAAUUUCCCUUAGUCCUGCUCAAUGGAUCGAUGAUAUCAAGGCCUUUAUUUCCUGUGGGACUUGGCAGGGAUCUGGGUUCAAUCAUUUGGAGGACGCUGUUUUGCUCUGCUCUUGUUUCAUUAGUCAUGAGGUAGGCACGUCUUUCAUGAUGAUAGUGAGCAAGAUUAAUCUUGCUGUGAAGACUCACAGCCUGCUAAGUGCUGCAGGUCCUUACCAAAACCUCAAGGGCCUUUAUGAUGGCAAGGUAAAGGGCCUUGCUGGAUGUCCCACUGAGUGUGACCCUGGAACAGAUGAUGCGGACAGGCUGUUCAAUUCUGUUGAACUAAAUAUGUUUUGCUUACCCAAACACUCACGUCGUGCAUGGAAGAACCGCUCUCUUUGGGCCACCCAGAUGCCUUUUACGAUGGACGUUGCAAUGGAUGACACAAUGGACACAAUGGACACAAUCCCCUGCAGGAUCAAGACAAAGUUUCAGCGCCUUGCAGAAUACAACAUUGCAUUUCCAGCCAGCCAUGACCGCUCAGAAAACAAUCGGUGGACAAUAUCUGAGCGUGUCUUAGCAUGCAAUGCCCCUGCCAUCACACAUAUGCAAGAUUUGUCUGCCAAGACAUUGAUCAAGGGUUAUGGGGCACCUAUUGAUGUGCACCCACAUGAGUUAGAGAUCACUAACAAAACCCAGAUGAUCCCUUAUUUGUCAAAGGAGGGCUCAGACAAUGAGCAGCUUUAUUUGAACUUGCAGGAUGCUUUUGCAGAUGUUUUCCAAUGGAUUUCUGAUGUUGUUUUGGAAGGGAUAGAAGGGAUAGAGGGGACGCAGAUAAUGUGUCAUUUUGUUAUUUCUGCAAGACCUAAUGCCACAGCUGCCACAGCACUCAGCAAAGAAGAUGAAAAUUUGCUUGGGGCUCUUCUAGCAAGAAAAAAGGCUGCAUUAGCCUCAAAAGCUGAGGCAGAGAAAUCUGCUAUGUGUAAGAGAGUAGCAGCAAUGUUGGCUGAUGAAGAAGAUUUUGAAGGACAUGACCUACAUGGCAAGAAAAUAUGUCUGAAUGGUGAUGAUAAUGGCAACAAUGAUAAUGAGGAUGUUGUUGAUAAUGAUGACAAUGCUGAUGAUGGCAAGAAUAUGAUAGAUCAUAUUCUGGGUCCUGUAGAAAUAUCUAGUGAUGAUCAAGAUAAUUCUGUAGUACCGCCUUUACAGGCUCUAUCAGAUGAUAAUAAGGAGGAGGAGGAGAAGGAGGAGAAGGAGGAGGACAGUUCCCCAAAAAGAGUUGUGGAUGAUAAUGAGGUUGUAAGAGGAACAGAUUGUCCCACUGUUUCUACAUCUACAUCUACUAUGUCACGCAGCCCCAGCAUCAUUUCUCUUCCAAAAUCUUCCACUGCAAAACCAAAGCUUCAUUCUAUGGCCUGCCCUAUCAACAAAUGUAUUGCAAGCCUGGCUCACAAAGCUAUGAGGCUUUUUACAGUCACAGAAAAAGGAUUUCCAAACCCCCUCAGUUGUCAAUCAAUAUUCUGGGAUUUGUUGGUCAAAGCCACAGCAGCAGAGAAUGACAGUGGCCUGGUGGACAAAAUGAAGGAGAUACAAGAUGACCAGAUGUGGAAAGGUUCUACACAGGUCAAAGGGGAACUUAUUUCCAAAGCUAGGAUCAGUGUACCCCCUACGUAUGGCAUCAAAAACACCCACAAGGACAAACUGAGUGAUAUGAUCUAUUGGAUCAUAAACUCAGGAGCUUUUAUCAAUAACAGCAUAGAUUCAAAGGAGAAGAUGUCUGACACAAGCCAACCUUGGAAGAAUGAUAUCAUCAAAAUUCUUUUUCAAGCACAAUAG